UUGUAGCCUUCCUAAAGCUCCUUUUUCAUUAAUCCAGAGAUAGACUCGAUCAUUGCUGACUUAAGUAUCAGAGUGUCUACCCCGAGGACCCACCUCGGGACUUUGCAGGUUCAUCCGAAGUGAAAAUGCAGACUGAAGAAGGAUCUCUGCUAGUGUUGGCUCAGCUCUUGGCUCAUAACAACCUUGGUGAUCCCCUCAUCAAUUUACUCAAUCCUACUCCACAAGCCCCAGCUCCACAGCAAGACCCCCAACCAGUUCAGCAUGCUCCCGCUCUCAAAAAACUGGUAGCUGAACAGCGAGGUGCCCCACCUCUACACCACAAUACUAACUCCAUACCCCAUCCUCUAAACACCAAUAUCACAUUGGAACCUUAUCCCGCUGGUUUCAAAAUUUCUCAGCUCGAGACAUACGAUGGGACAAAAGACCCCAAUGAUCACCUCCAUGCCUUCUAUUCUUGUAUGCAAGCUCAGAACGCCUCUGAUGCAUUAAUGUGUAAGAUCUUUCCCUCCACUCUCCGUGGCAAUGCCCGAACUUGGUACUAUAGCUUGCCCCCAAGAUCUAUUAGCUCCUAUUCAGAAAUGACAUCUACUUUUGCCACAAAGUUUUCUAGUAGACGGUUGAUCAGGAAAACUACUUUUGAGCUGAUGCGAGCUAAACAAAGGGAUGGAGAAUCUCUGAAGAAUUACAUGAGUAGAUUCAACAAUGCUGUGUUGGAAGUUAGUUCUUUCAACCAAGCUGUGGGAAUUGCAGCUAUGAUCUCAGGUCUUAACCAUGAGAGAUUCAAAGAUAGUUUGAUCAAGCAUCCUGCUACAAUCUUUAACGAGGUGAAUGAUAGAUCUCUUAAAUUCAUAACUGUUGAAGAAUAUGCCUUGUCGCAGAAGCCAGCUCCUCUUAAGAACCAAAACCCAGACUAGAGAGAUGAGAAUCAGAGCAAGAAACGGAUGAGGACAGU